AUGUCUUCUCGAAGUAAACAAUUAAUAAAAUUGGCUCUAAAACCGAUCACUGUUGUAAGUAGUGAUGAAAAAUAUGCUGAUUUCAGUACCAAUCAAGUUGCAAAUUUUCAUAUUGAGCCUAAUGAAAAAAUUGAUAUUGAGAUAUGCAAAACUGCAUGUACUAAACAUCCAUACAUUGUUGAGUACUUAUCAUAUGAUUUUUUAAAAUCAUUUUCUGUACCUAAAUAUUGUAAGUCUAUAAGGCGAGGAAAUAAAAAGGGUGAUCCUGUUGUGACUAAUAUAAAAGCUCUUAAUUAUAAACCACACAAAGAAAUCAACUAUAAGCUAAGAUUUACUGAAGAUUGGUCAAAUCUUCCACUAUUAAGAAAUAAUAAACAGAAUACAGUUAUCUCAGAAGCAUUACCACAAUUACACAUGGACAGAAUAAAAAUUUAA